CGGCGGAGGGUUUGCGUCCAGGCCGCGCGGGCCCGCUCCUGUGGGCGCCCGCCGCGCGACGCUGCAGCCGCCGAGGUCGAUGUGAUGCCAGGCGUGUGAUUACCCCGGCACAUCUGGCGACAUCUAAAAACUGUUGUAUAGGAAGGAUUGGUUCAUUUGCCUCUGAUUAAUUAGGCAUUUGGUCUUAUAAAUAGACAGGAUUUGAGGUAGGGGGUUCUGCCUUCACGAUCAAAUCAAGUGGCGUAUAUUGUGGGCAUAUACCCAGAGCUAAAAUAUGUUUUUCAUCUUGAUGUUCCACUAAAUUCAGAUUUUCUGUUUCAAAUUCCAAAGGUUUCGUUUACUUAUGCUUCUCUUUCAUCCCUUCAGAAGAACUUAAGAAAUGGUGACAUUUUGUAAAAAUGAUGUCUCGCCUAUUUGCUUUUUAGAAUAGUGGAUAUAGUGCAACUCUCAAUACUUGAAAUAAGAGAGAAGAUAGCAGAACUGGAAGCCAAACUCAAUACUGACGAUGAAGGUGGUGAGUGGAAGACCCGUUAUGAGACACAACUUGAACUGAAUGAUCAGCUAGAAAAACAAAUUGUUUCUCUCAAAGAGAAAAUGGAGAAAAUCCGCGGAAACCCUGCAGAUAGACUAUCUUCUAUUCGUGUGUAUGAACGAAUGCCAGUGGAAUCCUUAAACACAUUACUUAAACAGCUAGAAAAAGAAAAGAGGAGUCUUGAAAAUCAAGUGAAAAACUAUGCACUGAGACUGGAACAAGAGUCAAAGGCGUACCACAAGACCAACAAUGAACGCCGUAUAUACCUAGCUGAGAUGUCUCAGGUCUCUGGCUCAUACCAAAUGUCUAAAAGACAACAGAAGGAUCAACUGCCUAGAAUGAAGCAGAAUCUCGUGAAAACGGGAAGAUGCAAUCCAGUUAAUCAGAAGCUAAUGAAUGCCAAGAGAGGACCGGUGAAAAAGAUUACAAGAUCAAACCAUCUUCCAAAACUCAAUCCAUGAUUCCAAAACUGGGUGGAUUUCUAUUUCUUCCCUUUUUUCACCUGUAAUAUUCAACUUGUGAAGUUAAUGUUCAACACGUUUUUCAGGGAGUGAAAUAGAUAAGAAAUAGCUAUCAAAAUUCUCUUUAGCUCCUUUUCCAGAAGUUUGUCCCUUUGGCUACAUGAAAGUAAUUUUCUCAAGUGACUCUAAAAUAUUUAUAGCAGUGCUUAUGAUUUUUAAAAUAUCCUAGGAAGCCUGAAGGUUGGCAUUAUUACACUGAUCUGCUCUGAUAGUGACAUUGCUAUUAUAUUUGGUUUCUAGUUGGCUGUUAGCUAAAAAUGUGAGUUUAUCAAAACUCUUUGCUAUUUUAAGCUAUAUUAUUUUUAGUUUUUUUAAACUAAAGUUUUAAACAAAGCUGCAAAUCAAAUGCAUUUAAAACUUUGACUUGAACUGUCUUGGUGUUGUGGAAACAGCCUUCAAUCAGGAAUCCACUUGGUUAUAGCCCCACCCUUCUUAUGAGAUCUUGGGUAAAUUCCUUCACCUGAUCUUUAUUUCCACAUCUGUAAAAUGACUGAGUCAAACUAUACAAUUUCUAAGGUUACUAUUCCAGAAAACCAAUACUUAUUCAGCCUCAGGGUCCUGCUACUUAGCACGUGGUGAUUUAAGUCAUUUUGUGUUUAUUAAUUCAUAGUGAUGGCCUAGUUCUUUGGACCAAACUUUGCAAGUGUUCACAAUCCUCAAGUCUAGAAGUGGAGAUAGAAUGAGGACAGGAGAAGCGUUCUUUUAAUGCAUUUAUAAAAUUUAUUGAAUUCUCCAAUUCAUGUUUAGACUGUUUUGUAACUAUUACUUAAGUCUGGGACAUACAUAUAAUUUACUUGCCCAACUUAAUAAGUGAAAUUAUUGGACUUUAAAUUUCCAGAAAUCACCCAAAUUUAAGUAUAGUUUCCAGCUAGCGGUGUUCUCACCUUAUAUCUGGCACUAAAACCUAAAUUCUAUUCAGUAUCACCAGUAAUGAACACCCAAUGCAUUUCUAUAACUAUCUCUAUAGGCAUUUGCUUUCUUUAAGGAAGAAUACUUAAAUUUCACACAGGAAAAUCAGUCUUUUAUAUGACUUUAAAAUGUAAUGCAGAGAAAUAUAAAGUAAGUUCCUGUAAAUUA